AUGCAAGCAAUUCAUUCCUUUAAACCACAUUCAUGUUAUCUGCUUUCCAGAUCACUCACAUACUCCCCUUUGUAUUAUAUAAUUCACGCCAAACAACGUCCAUUAUCCACUUCAACAGCUCUCUUAGCGCAGUCUAUACCGCGACAUCUACGCGAUGAAGAGAUAAACGCUCGUCAAAUACGUUUUGUGAAUGCUGAGGGUCGCAUGGAAGGAGCGCGGAGUUUAAGCGAGGUCCUGAUGUCUAUGGACCGUAAUAAAUACUGGUUAGUAGAAGUAUCACGGGAUCCAGACGAUCCUACUGUUCCUAUCUGUAAGCUGGUUGACAAGAAAGCAGAAUACGAGAAGAUAAAAGCCCAGAAGCUGAAAAAUAAACCGAGAAGUGCGGCAAACAUCUGUAAGGAACUGGUAAUGACGUGGAACGUAUCUGAUCACGAUUUUAAACGUAAACUUGAACAAGCACAGGAGUUUCUUGAUAAGGGAAAUCGUGUGCGGUUAUCCAUCAAGCCUAAAGGGAGAGUGAGGUCGACAGUGGAUAUUGAGAAAAAGAUGAAAAAAUUGGUGAUGGACGCUUUGUUUGAUUGCUGUAAAGAAUAUAAAGACCCGGUCAUGCAUCAAGGGAUUUUGACAUUCGAGAUGUCAGGAAAAGGGCUGAUUAUACAUAAGAAACAUGAGAACGAGAAGAGUGACAAGGCAGAGGAAUCAACCGAGUAA